UUUAACAUGGAUUACUCUUCCAAUAUGCCAGGUAAAAUACAGUGAACAUUUUGAGACCAUAGGCCCCACCAUAGUUAUUCUGUGGACUAAGGGAUUUCAUCAGCCUACCACACAACACCGGCCAGGUUUUUCUGCUGCUGUUAUUUUGUCAUUGAGCAAUACAGAAUGGAUAGAGGGUCUUCAGCCCAUCAAGUUCAUACUAACCAUGUUGCCCAUAAGGCUCAACCCAAGUUUCCUCUUGGCCUUGCCCACUCCAACUGAUUCUAUUGUACCUUACUCAACCACUUUCUCUUCAGCUUGGUCGAUAUACUCACCACCCCCUGUAUGGAAAAAGCUGCCCAUUGGAACCCUUUAAAAUCUUCCUUCAUUGCCCCCUUGCUUUAAACUCACCUACGUUAGGGAAAAGCCACCUUAACCAUGCCUCUCAUAAUUGUAAACAUUUCUGUAAGGUCACCCUUCAUUCUCCGACGUUCCAAGGAAUAAAAACUGUUGAAAACACAAAGUAUGGUGGAAGUUCUGGGUGCCUGGGCCCAUGACAUGUGUGAAGUUGCCAACACGAGGGAGAAGGUUCUUGGUAAUUUGAAAGGUCUGAAGGUAGAUAAGUCACCUGGACCAGAUGGUAUGCACCCCAGGGUUCUGAAAGAGGUGGCUGAAGGGAUUGUGGAGGUAUUAGUAAUUAUCUUUCAAGAAUCUCAAGGUUGUAGAAUGGUUCAGGAAGACUGGAAAAGUGCAAAUUUCACUCCAAGAGAGGCAGAAGGAAGGAAAGAAUAUGUCAGCUAGUCUGACGUCAGUGGUUGGGAAAGUGUUGGAGUCGAUUAUUAAGGCUGAGGUCUCAGGGAACUUGGAGGCACAUGGUAAAAUAGGCAAUAGUCAGCAUGAUUUGCUCAAGGGGAAAAUCUUGCCUGACAACUCUGUUGGAAUUCCUUGAAGAAAUAGCAAGCAGUACAGACAAAGGAGAAUUUGUUAAUGUUGUGUACUUGGAUUUUCAGAAGGCCUUUGACAAGGUGCCACACAUGAGGUUGCUUAACAAGCUACAAGCCCAUGAUUUUAUAGAAAGAUUUAGCAUGAAUAAAGCAGUGGCUGAUUGGCAGGAGGCAAAGAGUGGGAAUGAAGAGAGGCUUGUCUGGCUGGCUGCCACUGACUACUAGUGUUCCACAGGAGUCUGUGUUGGGACCAAUUCUUUCUACAUUAUAUGUCAAUGAUUUGGAUGAUGGAAUUGAUGGCUUUAUUGCAGAGUUUACAGACAAUAAGAAGAUGGGUGGAGGGGUAGGUAGUUUUGAGGAAGUAAAAAGGCUACCAUGUAUUAACCAUGGUUGUACUAGGGAUGAAAUACAAACGUACAAGAAGUAGCUUCCCCUUGCUUCCGAUGCUGUCUUUACAAGAUGGGUGACCCUGACCAUUGUCCUAUUAAAAGAAUCUUCUGCUCAGCAUCUGAGGAGCAGGAACCAUUGAUUGUGUUACUCACAACUUGCCUUCUGCUUCAUCCACCACCUGCAUUCCAUGGCUUCACUGUAACCCAAGUAGGGAGGCUAACAGGUGCUACACCUUGCCUAACAGUGACCUGGAGGUAGCCAUGGUUGACGUUAAUGUCAUUACCCAAAGCAAAUAUGGACUACACACACAUCAAAUGAAGAAGUUCUCACAAGAGCCCAAGCAGUUAGAUCAGUGAUACCAACAAUAAGAGAAAGACAACUCAGAUUCCUAGGAUACAUCAUGCGGAAAGAUGAACUAGAAAAACUCACACUCUCUGGAAAGAUCGAGGGGAGCAAACCUAGAGGAAGACCUCGGCUUCUGUACAUCAAAAGCCUAGCCAGGUGGCUACACAUCGUGGAAAUGGAAGUCAUCCAAAGAACAAGGGAUAGAUCUGUAUGGAAAACCAUGGUCACCAAUGUCCGCAACGGAUAUAGUACCUACUCAGACAGGCUACAGAAGGACUUGGACAUAUUAGGAGAAAGGGCAAAGAAAUGGCAGAUGGAAUACAGUGUUGGAAAGUGUGUGGUCAUGCACUUUGGUAGAAGAAAUGAAAGGGUGGACUAUUUUCUAAAUGGAGAGAAAAUGCAAAAAAACAAGGUGCAAAUGGACUUGGGAGUCCUUGUGCAGGAAUUACUAAAGGUUAAUUUACAGACUGACUCUGGUGAGGAAGGCAAUGCAAUGUUAGCAUUCAUUUCAAGGGGACUAGAAUAUAAAAGCAAGGAUGUAAUGUUGAAACUUUAUAAGACACUGGUGAGGCCUCACUUGAAGUAUUGUGAGCAGGUUUGGGCACCUUAGAAAGGAUAUGUUGAAACUGGAGAGGGUUCAGUGGAGGUUCAUGAAAAUGGUUCUAGGAUUGAAUGGCUUGUCAUAUGAAGAGCGUUGAUUGGCUCUGGGCCUGUAUUCACUAGAAUUCAGAAGUAUGAGGGGUGACCUCAUUGAAACCUAUCAAAUGGUGAAAGGCCUCGAUAGAGUGGAUGUUUCCUAUGGUGGGAGAGCCUAAGACCAGAGGACACAACCUCAGAAUAGAGGAGCAUCCUUUUAGAAUGGAGAAGAGGAAGCAUUUCUUCAGCUAGAGAGUGGUGAAUGUGUGGAGUUCUUUUUCACAGGCAGCUGUGGAGGCAGAGGUUGAUCAGGGCAUGAAGGAGUGUGGGGAAAAGGCAGUUGAUUGGGGCUGAGAGGAAUAUUGGAUCAGCCAGGAUGAAAUAGUAGAACAGGAGCGAUGAGCCAAAUGGCCUAAUUCUGCUUCUUAAUCUUAUGGUCUGGUGAAAAUCUGCCUUUAACUCAGAUUUUCUAGUCCUGGCAACAUCCUCAAAUCUUCUCUGCACUUAACAUUUUAACCAUGUCUUUUUUGUAACAGGGUGACCAAAACUGUACAAAAUACUCCAUGUGCUGUCUCUCUCUCAACUUGGACAACUGCAACGUAGUGUUCCAACGCCUAUACUCAUUACCCUGACUGAUGAAGUUUUCACCAUAUGUUAAUGUGAAGAGUGAACAGUAAAUGGUUAAUCUUGCUGCGAUCUGGUUCUUAUUAACUGUGGUUUAUCUCGACGUUUAAUUCGGCGUUCGUGACACGCGAAGGAGAACGUUACAGUGAAAAAGCGACAUUAUCAGGUGUUUCAAGUGCUGCAAUGUCAGCUCGAUCCAGCAUCAAGUUGACGCCGCCCAGCGACAAGGGCGGUAAACCGACAUCAAGUAAGCCCACCCGGGCGUUAUCAGGUGUUCCAAGUGCUGCAAUGUCAGCUCGAUCCGGGAUCAAGUCGAUGGCGCUCAGCGACAAGGGUGGUAAACCGACAUCAAGUAAGUCCACCCAGGCAAGAGCCAAGGCAGAAGCCGCCAAGGUGCGACUGCGUUACGCCAGACAAGAAGCAGUUUUGAAAAUGCUGCAGGCCAUCAGAGAAGCCGAAAUCCAGAAAGAAAAGGCUGCCAGAGAAGCCGAAAGGGCCGCCCGAGAAGCCGAAAUCCAGAAAGAAAAGGCUGCCAGAGAAGCCGAAGCGGCUGCCAGAGAAGCCGAAGCGGCCGCCCGAGAAACCGAAAUCCAGUUGGAAAUGGCAAAAAUAUCGACAGAGUUGCAAGUGCUGCAGCUAGAAAGAGAAGAAGAAGCUGCCAUGGCGGAAGCAAAGUACAUAGAAGAAGCUGAAGGGUCGCGUGAUCUGACCAAAGCAAGAUCUACUUUAGAAAGGACCAGACUGGAACGCACAAGCGACUAUGUACAAUCUCAAAUAGACAGGCAGGCUCGUCUCCCCUCUCCAUACGUAUUCGAUAACUUCCCCAGCUACGAGGAACCUCAGAGAGUCACGAUUGCAUCACAUCCAUACGAGGAAGGAAAUUUACCCUCACGGCUCCGUGAUGAAGUCAAGAAUGAAAGAACCGACAACGCUCCUUCACCCCCACAACAGGACGGCGGGGAGGGAGAGGUUCACUCCAGGACAACAAUUGUCAGCUCGAACUGUACAGAAGUUUGCAGUCAAACUCAGUCAAGCCGUUCUUGUUCCAAGAUCUGCCUCACUGAGGUGUACCCUAAAGAAGCACAACAAGACAUUACCAAGCGUAAAGUAACCGACGAGACGCUAGGUCAGUCAGUUUUCGUUCAAACCGAGCAUGGAAACAAACUUGCACAAUCAGCUCAAGAUACCAUUUCUUUAAAACCCAAAGACACCAAGGUCUUCAGAGAUGAAGCAAAUAAUGGGGUUGCCCCAUUGCCUUUCAGAGAACCACGCCAGCGCUCACCAGAUAACAAAGAGCAGGCAGUCAAACGGUUCACAUCCUUACGGAAAACCCAGAAAAGGAAACCUGAGAUGCAGCAACGCACCCGAUUGGCCCACGAGGUACUGUGCACCCUAAUGGCAGAGGUCACAACCAUUAUAAACGCACAAUCAUUCCUACCUGUGUCUUCUGACCCAGAAAACCCCUUUAUACUUUCGCCAUCAACGCUCCUUACGCAGAAGGCAGGAGCACCUCCUCCACCAGGAGACUUCUCAGACAAGGAUUUGUACACAAAGCAAUGGAGACAAGUCCAGGCUCUGGCAAAUCAGUUCUGGCCUCGCUAGAGACAAAAAUAUCUACCUUUGUUGCAACAGAGACAAAAGUGGACAGAACCCUGAAGGAAUCUUCAAGUUGAAGACUUAGUCCUGCUCAGGGACAAGCAAAUCGCCCGCAACAGCUGGCCAAUGGCCAGAAUCACUGCUACAUUCCCUAGCGGGGAUGGACAUGUCAGGAAGAUCGAAUUGAAGACUACCGACCAAGGCGAUGUGAAAAUUUACCAAGGGCCAGUUACAGAAGUUAUUCUACUUCUACCCAAUGACUGAUUAAGAGACUAAGUUUUGUACUCUGCUCAUUGUGACCUUACGAAGGUCAAGCGGGGAGUGUGCUGUCUUUACGACAGUUAUUUAGUUUAUAAUAUUUCCGCUUAGUAAUUCAUUCGAUGGUAUUUUCUAGUUAGAAUUAGAAGUGUUUAAAGUAUAUUCAUUGCAUGUAAAAUAUAUCGGCAUGCGAUGACGUCACAUCCGGUUUCGCCGCGUCUUGUGGGAAAAUACCGGUUUGGAAUUAACACGAGGGUGGGGGCUCACCACGAGGCAGACCCGAGCAGAAGUUGUUUUGCAGGCAUGAGAAAUCACAGUGAGAGCAACGCUGUAAGUUAAUAGAUAAUCGAUAUGUUGAACUAAGAUGUUAAUGCUGAUCCUGUUAGAAGUAACGACGGUAGAUAAUGUUUAUGCUUUCGUUAGUUAAAGAGUCGUGGAUAGUUUGCAUGGAAGUGUAUUUAAAGUAGUCAAUGGAGCAGGUAAACUCUCCCUGUAUACUGCACCUUAGUGUAAUGUAGUUAUAGUCACCUUUGCAAGUAUUUACACUUGAAAUGUGAUAUUAAGGAAGGAACAAAUACUGUAUCAAUCUUGUAUUGUUUUAUCAACAGUUUUCACCAUAUGUUAAUGUGAAGAGUGAACAGUAAAUGGUUAAUCUUGCUGCAAUCUGGUUCUUAUUAACUGUGGU